AAGAAGCUGGACUGUUUGUUUGCAUUAGCUCAGGGUGGGGAUUUCUGUGAAGUAGCAGCUGGGGCCGAUUACUGUUCACAGUGUGAACUGCAGUGAAAGACCUUAACUGUAGGUUUUUACUGUGGUUUGGGUAUUAACGCAGGAGUGGGAAAGCGGAAAGAAAUAAAAAACAAAACCUCCUUGUACGUGAUGUCUGACUGUGAGGGAUUAACUCUGGAAAUCUGCCAUCCUUACCUGGUCUGGCCUCAUUGUAACAUCAGACCCACAGCAAUGUGGUUCACUCUGGACUGCCUUCUGUGAACAUCUGUGGAGAGAAACAGAGACUUCCACAUCUGUGACCUUUCUAUGGAGCUGGUCAGAGAUGCUGCCUAGUCUGUGAAGAAUUUCCAGCACUUCCUAUUUUCAAUUCUGACGACAGGCAUUCACAAUAUCCUGUGUUUCUUUAAUAGCUGCUGCCAUGCUCUUUGGUGAUGUCUGAAAUUUAAAUGACAGUGCGUCUGCAGCCAGCAGCAUGGAGAUGACGGAUCGAAUCGCCUCUCUGGAGCAGCGUGUACAGAUGCAGGAGGAUGAGAUUCAGCUGCUCAAGUCAGCACUGGCUGAUGUAGUCCGACGUUUGAAUGUUUCUGAAGAGCAGCAGGCCAUGCUGAAUAGGAAAGGACCUACCAAAGGACCUUUAGAUCAGGCAGCAUCUAAACGAUCGGAGGCAGAUAAACAGGGCAGUGCUAACAAACCAGCAAGACCCAUAGUGCAAGCCUUGCCAUUAAGGCCUACAGUUAACAAUGGAACUGUACUACCAAAGAAGGGAUGUGGCUCUCUGCCAUCUCCGUCUGGAGUCAGGAAGGAUAUAACACCAGCAACCAAAAGCAGGCAAAGGUGUAUGACUAGUAUGUCUAAACUGACUAAAACUGCUAAAAGUGGUGUGAAGAGAAGCAAUUCUUCUGAGCGAGUGUCAUCAGUUGCACGUAGAGAAAGCUUUGGAGAGUCAAAGAACAGCAGGACCCGCACUGGCUCAACGAGCAGUGGUUCCAGUGGGAAAAAGAUGAGCGACAGCAAGCCUAAGGAUCCUCUCUUUAAUGCAGGGAAGCGCCGUGUGAUGCAUUGCAAAGAGGAAGGAUAUGUAAAAAUGUUCCUGCGUGGACGUCCAAUCACCAUGUACAUGCCCCAAAUUAUUAAGGAAACCUACAGUUUGGAUGAUAAAGGUGAACUUCCAGCCAAAAAGCUGAAGCUAGACUGGGUUUACGGUUAUCGAGGCCGGGAUUGCCGCUGUAACCUCUAUCUUCUGCCAACGGGUGAGAUUGUGUAUUUCAUUGCUUCUGUGGUCGUACUAUACAAUGUAGAGGAACAACUUCAGAGACAUUAUACUGGCCACAAUGAUGAUGUCAAGUGCCUUGCAGUCCACCCUGACAGGAUCACCAUAGCAACUGGUCAGGUAGCAGGGAUAAGCAAGGAUGGAAAUCAAGCUGCCCCGCAUGUUCGAAUCUGGGAUUCUGUUAGUCUGAAUACACUGCACACAAUUGGAACAGGUUUCUUUGAUCGGUCAGUCACUUGCAUUGCCUUCUCAAAGUCAAAUGGAGGCUGUACCUUAUGCGCAGUCGAUGAUUCUAAUGAUCAUGUCCUUUCAGUAUGGGAUUGGCAGAAAGUUGAGAGACUUGGUGAUAUUAAGUGUUCAAAUGAACCAGUCUUUGCAGCAGAUUUCCAUCCAACAGAGACCAACGUCAUUGUUACCUGUGGAAAAUCACACAUUUACUUUUGGACACUGGAAGGAGGGUCUUUCACAAAGAAACAAGGGUUGUUUGAGAAACAUGAGAAACCAAAGUUUGUGCUGUGUGCGACCUUUGCUGAGAAUGGAGAUACAAUAACUGGGGAUUCGAGUGGAAAUAUUCUAGUCUGGGGAAAAGGUACCAACCGCAUUAGCUAUGCUAUUCAGGGGGCCCAUGAAGGGGGUAUAUUUGCACUUUGCAUGCUGCGCGAUGGCACUCUCGUAUCAGGUGGUGGAAAAGAUCGAAAGUUGAUCUCCUGGGACCGCAAUUAUCAGAAAAUCCAAGAAACUGAGGUUCCUGAGCAAUUUGGUCCAGUGAGGACAGUAACUAAAGGAAGGGGAGAAGUAUUGCUAAUUGGCACAACAAGGAAUUUCAUUCUACAAGGCACUUUAUCUGGAGACUUUCACCCUAUCACCCAGGGUCACACAGAUGAAUUGUGGGGUUUGGCCAGUCAUCCAAAUAAGGAACAGUUUCUAACUUGCGGGCAUGACAAACAUAUCACUCUAUGGGAUGCUGUCUCGCAUCAGACCAUUUGGAGCAAAAUCAUAGAGGACCCAGCUCAAUCUGCUGGUUUCCACCCAUCAGGAUGUGUUGUUGCUAUAGGAACCCAAACUGGAAGGUGGUUAGUUCUGGAUACGGAGUCAAAGGAUCUGGUGACCGUUCACACUGAUGGAAAUGAACAGCUCUCAGUCAUGCGUUAUUCACCAGAGGGAAAUUUCUUAGCAAUUGGCUCCCAUGAUAAUUAUAUUUACAUCUACACAGUUAAUGAGAAUGGCAGAAAAUACAGCCGAGUUGGUAAAUGCUCAGGUCACUCAAGUUUUAUCACACAUCUUGACUGGUCAACUGAUUCGCAGUAUUUAAUGUCUAAUUCCGGGGACUAUGAGAUCUUGUACUGGAUGCCUUCAGUCUGUAAGCAAGUGGUGAGUGUUGAACAGGUCAGGGAUGUAGAGUGGGCCACUUAUACCUGCACAUUAGGAUUUCAUGUUUUUGGAGUCUGGCCUGAAGGAUCAGAUGGAACUGACAUCAAUGCUGUGUGCAGAUCCAAUGAUAAAAAACUCUUGUCUACAGGUGAUGACUUUGGCAAAGUGCAUCUGUUUUCAUGUCCAUGUUCGCAGGCCAGGGCUCCAAGCCACACAUAUGGAGGACACAGCAGUCAUGUAACCAGUGUAAACUUUCUGCACGAUGACAGUCAGCUGGUUUCCACUGGAGGGAAGGACAUGAGUGUCAUGCAGUGGAAAGUCAUUUAAACUGGCCUCCUGCCUUGAAAUUUGCUUUGGCUGUCACAGUAAAUACAACACAUGAGAUGAUUUUUGCCAGAAGUUAAACUGCAACAAAAAAGCAAGCGAAGUUCCUGCACUUUUACAGGCCAUGAUUUGGCAUUUCUGUUAAAUGUCAAAGAUUUUAUUUAAACCUCAGGAAAAAUCAUGCCUCUGCAAGGUUACUGGUGCAUUGUGUGUGGUACAUGACUGUUUAACAGUUCAGACAGUCACCUUAGAAAAUAGACUUGCUCCUGGUCUCUACAGACUUCAAUAUGUUUCUCUGUGGUGAAGUGAGGGUAAUGUACAGUAUUGUUUAUAUGUUUACCCUAACAAAAUAUCCAUAAACACAACCUUUAAUUUUGAGAAAUUAAAAUAAGCUUUAAUGAACUGUUUACUAUCGAUACAGUAUGCACUAAAUUCCUUGUAUUGACACAAGCUUUGUGUAUAACAUGUCUGAAAUUUAUGUCGCAGUUUGUUUUGUAUCUGAUUGUCAGUCUGUUCCUGAGGCAUGUUGAGAGUUGACUUCUAGUUGUCACGGUGGUGGCAGCUGCUGCAAAUUUUAUUCCCUCUUCCUGUGAAAGGAGCUGCAGUCUUGAGGACAGUUACAAUUUAACUGCAGAACCACUGACUAAUGCACUCUAAGCCUGCAGAGGCAGUUCACAGAGAGAAAAAGCCUGCACAUCUAUGACUGUGCAACUUCUACUCCAUUUCUGACUGUCACUUCACCCCCCCCCCCCCCCCCCACUCCCCAGCAAUAUGGUGUAUGCAUGGAAAUUUUUCCCAUUAUAAACAAAGCUGCCUCCUUGUGAGGAAAAAAAGAGGAAAGGUGUUAGGUAGGGCUGGUGAUAUAGCUCGCACUUUCAGCAAAGUUGAAAUACGCGGUUUACAUUUGGAAUGUAUGUAGAAAUUUUUUAAAAUGAAAGUUAUUGGUGCAUUCUUUAACAUUAAGGUUCAAAGACUUGUUUUGUGACUGACUGUCAAUAAAUUAAAAUUGCUGAAAGGUAUCAGUGUGAAUAGAUGUCUGCACUUCUUGCCCUCCUCUGACCUAUUUCAGAUGAAUAAUGUUAAAGUAUUCUAGAUAAAACAUAA